AUGAGGAAGCUUUCUGGAAAGGGUCGGCUGCGCACAUGUGUGCUCAGGCCUGCCAAGCUCUUUGGUCCGGGCGAGCCCUCCUCGCUCCGCCGCAUCAUGGGUCUGGUUCGGACCGGUUUCCUGUGGUUCAGGUUGGGAGACCAGCUGUCGCGCUCUGAUUGGUUGUUUGUUGAUAACCUGGUGCAUGCGCAGUGUCUGGCAUUUGGUGGCCUUAUUCCAGACGGUUCCAGCAGCGGUGCUUGCAGAGGGGGUGGCAGUGGUGGGGUGGGGGAUGGAAAUGGGACGGGAGAAGGGGAUAGGAGUUGUGAGGAUGGAAGCUGCAAGUCUGCCGGGCAGGCUUACUUCAUAACUGAUGUCAACUCCCCGCUCAACCCAAGAAGCCGAAUUUCUGCUCAGAAAGUCAACUGCACGUUCAGUGAACACGCCUGGAUGGGUUCUAUCAUCCAGCUUGCGCUUCUGGUGUGCUUGGGUUUUCUCUCGAGUUUUGCGACUUCGUCACCAGCUGAUCACUCCAACUAUGUCCAGCCGAUUUACAAGCUUCCAGGCCCAGAAUUCUCGAGUCGUCUAGGAUCCACACGCCGCUCCCUUAUUAUCAAGGCUUCGCCUAAUCGCGGCACGCCAUGUGGUACGAAGCUGACCUGGUGGAACCAGACGGAUUACACCGGCGCGAAAUGGGUGACUUACGCGCCCAGCCCAACAGUUGGGUGCAUCAAUAUCCCCUCGCAAUACCUCCCAUCCACUGUGUUUGGAUCCCUCAAACUUGAGUGGUACGCACCGACGGACGCCAUGAAACGCGACAUGUACUUCGUCACAUGCAAGGAGGUGCACUUCUGGCCAACGAGGAACUGCGAGAUUGGUAACACAGACUACCUCACAUAUCCUACUGACCACAGCCCGCCUUCGCCAACCAAGCGCCCGAAAUUCCCCAGAGCCCCGUCUCGGGCGCAUUCCAUCAGCUGCAUCUACAGCCAGGACCUGAACAAGCUGUACUCGUGUCCACCUAACAGCACACUGGAUGGCACGUGGGCUGGCGCCAAGUGCUGGUGCAAUGCAGGAUUCGUGGAGAAGGGCGGCAAGUGCGUUGACGUUUGCACGCCUCUUAACUGCGGACCCUAUGCCAACUGCUACAUUAAGAACGGAGCUGGGGUGUGUAACUGCACUGAUGGUUACCGCCGCGUGGGAGGAAAGUGCGAGGCUAUUGGCCAUUCUGAUUUCCUUGAUCCCCACAAUGCUGCACGUUCUGCUCUGAAGUUACCCGCUCUCAAAUGGAACGAUUCGUUGGCAGAGAAAGCCCAGGCAUGGGUUGCACACUUGGGAAAGCUUGACAAUAAGUGCAGGACAAUGAAUCGCUCUUCUGCACUUUCCAGCUAUGGUCAAAACUUGUUGAGCACCUUUGGAAUUGGGCAGUGGGCUCCCAACGAGGUGGUGAACGUGUGGCUGGAUGAGAAGAAGUUUUACACGUACUCUCCUUUACCGAGUGGAUGCAAAACGGGACACUUCUGCUCCCACUACGUUCAAAUUGUUGCCAGGAAGACAACGGAUGUUGGCUGCAGUUCGUAUACGUGUGGAAAAUCAGGCUCCAUGCUGUGGGCUUGUUUCUAUUGGCCCAAGGAGUCAGCAGAUAGCGUCCUCCCCGCGACCACCGAGCUCUCUGCUCCUCCGCCUGACAUUUCCCCCGGCGCUGCGAACAAGAAGAAGCGUCGGCUCAAGGUGAAACUUCCGGCAAUCAAGGACGUGCCAUGGAAGAAGUUGUUCUUAAAUGCGAUGGAAUGGAUCACCAACCCUAUCAACGCCGCGUCCUUCUUCUGGUGUGUCCUCGCGACGUUCGCCUUCGUCAUAGUCGUCAUGUGCGAGCUCGGCUUGAUGAAGAGUUACAUUCAUGAGGAGGAGACGCUGGAAGAAGUGAAGGAGGUUUCCACUCAGAUCCUGAACGCUCUCUUCGUGCUUAUGUGUCUCAUCUGGCAUCCGGUCUUCAUGCGCGACGUGCUGCUGCUCAUCCGGUGGAAACCCAAGGAUAAGUGGGAGAUUCGCGCCGAGUACUGCAAGGACGGGAAGCGGAAACCCAACGAUCGCACGCACAUGGCGAUCGUCGUUUUCUGGCUGCAGCUGACGUGCUGGGCGACGUACGCCUUCGCAGCGGUCUUCCUGAUCUACCCUAUGGGCGAGCGACCCAUGAGCCUGAUUCUCAUUACCACCGUCGUUUCCUUCGCGGCACCCGCGUUCGCCUUUCUCCAUCUGCUCCUGAGCCCCCUGAGCAAGGACUAUGACAUUGUACGGGUUGGAGAGGGCGACGGGGCCAAGGUGCAGAUGUUUCAAAGGAGUGCAACGUUCAUGGUGUCUCACACCAAGGUGGAGGACGCGCAAUGGGCUGGGUCGGUAAUCCCUGGGUGCUGCGACGACUCGCGCGUCGCGUGCCUGACCUGCUUCUUCCCCUGCUGCAUGUUUGGGUACAACAUGGAGAGGCUUGGGUUUGGCCAUCGGGUCGUCCACACGAUGAUGUUCAUUAUCAUGCUCCUCGGGCCUCUGUGUAUUUUCGAGCUCUGCGCGGUUGCCGUUAAAGGGGAGGUGUCCAAAGACGUAAUCUUUUACUUAGGCCUUGCAAUUGCCUUCACCGGGCUUGCUUACGGUGGUGCAUGGCGAGUGAAGAUCAGGGAGACUUACAAUCUCCCCGGAACCCGCUGGUGGUGCGGGAGCAAGCGCCUGACAGAUAUUUGCACCUGGAUGUGGUGCUGCUGGUGUGCACUGUGCCAGGAGGUGCGGACCACUGAUCAGUAUCAGGUGGCUGAGAACUCGUUUUAUAGACGAGCAGGGGAUAUUGAGAGUGGGUCUGGCGCGCCAGCACCUUCUGGGGCGCUGGAAACUGUUCCUGAUGCCGAGGAGGAAGUGGAGGAAGACGAGGACGAGGAUGAUGAAUUGGAUGCUCCUGCCAAAUUAGGUAUUCAAAUGGGGGUUGACUAUUACGACUUAUUAGAAGUCCAAAAAUCCGCAAGUGAUGACGACUUGAAGAAAGCGUAUCGGAAGCUUGCUAUGAAAUGGCACCCGGACAAGAAUCCGGACAACAAGAAAGCAGCGGAGGCUAAAUUCAAGCAAAUCUCGGAGGCGUACGAGGUAUUAAGUGAUCCCGAGAAGCGUCAAGUCUACGACCAAUACGGCGAGGAGGGUUUGAAAGGGCAGGCUGCGCCAGGAGGGGGUUCGUACAGCAGCCAUGGGGGUCACUCCCAUGGCAACUUCCGUUUCAACCCACGAAGCGCUGAGGACAUAUUCGCGGAGGUAUUCGGCGGACACAGUCCGUUUGGAGGGGCUUACGGACCCGGAUUUGGAGGGAUGGGUGGCAUGGGUGGUAUGCCAAGCGGCCGCUUCAGUCGCAUGGGGAGCGCCAACGGUAUGGGGGAAUCGAUGCAGUACCAGGAUAUGUUCGACCAUGGCAUAUACGGCUCUCAGGCGUCAUCAGCUUCUGCUGGUCCCAGAAAAGCCGCACCUGUGGAAAACAAGCUUCCAUGUACGCUAGAGGAGCUGUAUUCUGGAUCUUGCAGGAAAAUGAAGAUCUCACGCAACAUCAUAGAUGCAAACGGACGACCAAAAACGGUGGACGAGAUAUUGACAAUCAAUGUGAAGCCUGGCUGGAAGAAGGGAACAAAGGUCACGUUUGAAGAAAAGGGUAAUGAGCAGCCUGGAAUGAUUCCUGCAGACAUUACCUUUGUGAUUGACGAAAAGCCUCAUGACAGGUUCACGCGGGACGGGAACGACCUUGUUUACACGUGCAAAGUCCCCCUUGUGGAUGCACUCACUGGCUACGCGGUUAACAUCACAUCACUUGAUGGCCGGAAGCUUUCCUUCCAAGUGAAUGACAUUAUCAAGCCAGGUGCAGUAUCCGUCCCGGUUGACAGCAGACCAGAAGACAGCGAUCAGACAGGCUUUUGGGAAGAGCUGACCAUGUAUGGUUAUCAAAAUACACAUCCCCCCAUCCUUUUGGCAAUGCCCCUAUACCGUAUCCAGUCCGAGACAUUCUGGAGUAGCUUGGGAAUCUCGUCGUGA